UGUUUAUACCAUUUCAUGCACCGCCGCGAGUUCGCGCUCUUUCUGCUGUAUCUGAAGAUGGACACACACGCUCUUCCUCUGCUCUGCAUCCUCUGCCUCAUCACCCUUCUUCAGCUCGACGGCGGCGCUGCCAUCUCCGGCGGCACCAACGACGGCUCCGAGCGCUGGGGAUACGUCCAAGUCCGGCCAAAGGCGCACCUGUUCUGGUGGUACUACAGGAGCCCGCAGCGGGUGUCGUCGCCGGGGGGGAAGCCAUGGCCGACCAUCCUCUGGCUGCAAGGCGGCCCGGGAGCGUCGGGCGUCGGGCUCGGCAACUUCCUGGAGGUCGGCCCGCUGGACGGCGACCUGAAGCCGCGCGGCUCGACGUGGCUGCAGAAGGCCGACCUCAUCUUCGUGGACAACCCGGUGGGGACAGGAUACAGCUACGUGGAGGACGACGCGCUGCUCGUCACGACGGACGGCGAGGCGGCGGCGGACCUGGCGGCGCUGCUCAGGGCGCUCGCCGCCAAGGAGAUACCCACCCUGCAGAGCAGCCCGCUGUUCCUCGUCGCCGAGUCCUACGGCGGCAAGUACGCCGCCACGCUCGGCGUCUCCCUCGCCCGGGCCAUCCGCGCCGGCGGCCUCAAGCUCACGCUCGCCGGCGUGGCGCUCGGCGACAGCUGGAUCUCGCCGGAGGAUUUCGCGCUGUCGUACGGGCCGCUUCUGCGGCAGGUGUCGAGGCUGGACAGCAAUGGCGCCGACAGCGCGAGCAAGAAAGCACAGGUGGUGAAGCAGCGCAUCGCAUCGGGGCAGUGGAAGCUGGCGCAGUACGCGCUGAGCAGCAUGCUCACCUCGAUCGUCGCCAGCAGCGGCCACGUGGACGUGUACAACUUCCUGCUCGACACCGGGAUGGACCCGGUCGCCGCCGGCGCUGCUCCGGCGAGGAGCUUCCCGCCGGCGUACUCGGCGUACCUGGACAGCAAGCUGUCCGUCGGAGACUCCAUUCGAAGCGUCAUGAAUGGAGCCAUCAAGGAGAAGCUCAAGAUCAUCCCUAAAGACGUUGUAUGGGAGGAGCAGUCCUACACGGUCUACAAUGCGCUGAUCAAUGACUUCAUGAAGCCGAGAAUUCAGGAGGUCGAUGAGCUCCUGUCGUAUGGCGUCAAUGUGACGGUGUACAAUGGACAGCUCGAUGUGAUCUGCUCAACGGUUGGUGCAGAAGCAUGGGUUCAGAAGCUCAAAUGGGAUGGGCUGAAGAACUUCUUGAGAUUGCCAAGGCAGCCUCUACAUUGUGGCUCUAGUGAAGUCACAAAGGGCUUUGUCAGAUCCUACAAAAACCUGCAUUUCUACUGGAUCCUUGGAGCUGGCCAUUUUGUACCUGUUGAUCAGCCCUGCAUUGCUCUUGACAUGAUUGGUAGCAUAACGCAAUCUUCAGUUCAGUCUCAUCCAUAGAAGUGGGUCAAUACAAAGGAUGGAAAGGAAAGAAACUAAACCUAGUUUGCUUUUCAUAAGCAUAUACGAAGGUCUGUUACGUAGAAGCCAAUUGCAUUGACAGUAUUAGCUGGGCAUUUUUCUUUGUUAUUAUAACAUUCUGAGUUUACAUCAUAAAUCAAAGAAUAUGAUUAUGUCUACUUCUUUAUCUGUUACUGAGAAAAAUGAAUUUAUUCUUCAAGAUACAGUGUAAAAGACACACUCCUGUGUUAGAGACAAAAUCCUACUGAUAGACAAGGACAGUUAUUCAAUUUGUUUGCCAAGGCCAAGGCCACGUUCACUCCUGAAGUCUUGUACCAUAUUAAUUGAAGACAAAGAGAAAUAUCCACUAUCAAGUACUCCGUAGUGUAUGGUAGGUCUAGAUUAUAAUGAUGAAAAUUGAUUGCGCAUAACUACCAAAGCUAUAUAAGAAGUACAAUUGUACAUUUAGAAAUAA